AUGAUGGAUGAUGGAGGGGGCCGAGCAAACCGGGUACCGAAAAGAAUGCAGACAAGAACCAGAGCCGCAAGGCCCGCGGGCCUAUCAACUCUAUGCAAAGAAACGAAGAUCGCCAGAACACAGCGCUCGAGAUCGGCUACUCGGCAGGCUCUCUCCUCGUUCUUGUUACAGGCCUCCAGAGUCAGUCAUCAUUCGAGUGUGCCGCUGCCGUUGCCGUUCCGUGCGUGCCUAUCCCAUCCCAUCUGUCCAUUUCGGAGAGAGCGCAGCAGCAAAUCACUCGCCAGUCGCCCUUGCUUCUUCACACUGGGGGCCGGAGCUUAA